CUGGGGGUUGCAUCAGCCAACCCUGGCCCCUCCCAAAGUUGGUCAGUCAGCUCUUCUUUGCCAUUUACUAGUGGAGACUGCUUUCUUGUGACUUGAUUGGAGGUCAGAUGUUGCCAUGCCACACUCCCUAAGCAUCAAGCUUUUUCAUUCCCAACUGCCCCAUGCAAGGGAGACGUGCAUGUCUUCUUUCUACCUGUCUUAAACAGCAAUACAGAGGGGGAAAAGGGAACUAUGGGGAGAACAGAGGACAUCUAAACUAGAAUAACAUAACUAUACAUGACUAAAGCUUUCCUUAAUAUUUACACAAUGGUCAUCCUUUAAUUGCGAGAGCCAAUCAUCUCAUUAUCUACCUAUAACAGUGUUUUGGGGAAGGUUUUUUAUGUCAUAUAGUUUUUGGGGCUCAUUGUUUUGUUUUGUGUCUGGGGUGGUUGCUGCUCCAGGAGCAUUGCAAUGAGUGGGAGCCAGGUUGGGGUUUCCAGAAAGAGUUGGGGGCAGGGUGUGGGGCAGCCCCUUUCCUUCCUGGCCAGCUGUUGGAGUGGCCACACCGCUGGUGUUUCUGACCAGGGAUCCUGCUGCUUCUGUGGGUUCUGUCUGUUUCUUUUUGUUUCUUUUCCUUUGGCACUGUGACUGGGCUUGCUGGCUUGCUUCUCUGUUUCUCUGCUGCUUGGGAGCCCAGAGCCAGUGUGUGCUGUGCCAGGAGUGGGAACACCCCGUUCCCCACCGGGGGCUGCCUCCUCUGCACAAGUCUGGACCCCAGGACCAGCCAUUGCCGGAUUUCUCAUUCUCAAAGCUUGGCCAGAUGAGAAGGAGGCUGCGAGGAAGAUGCCCUGGGACCCCCCAGCAGACAAGGAGCAGAGGACGGAAACCAGGGAGGACAAAUCCCUACAGCAGGACCUUGUAGAAGAUGGCCUUUUCAGUGGCUCCACAGCACAGGAAUCCAACGGGAAGGAAAAGCCCCAGAGAUCCCACACAAGGAGGGGCUCCAAACCCAGCCCAGGGUGCUCUGAGGAGGAAAGACCUACCCUGUGCCAGGAAGGUGGACAGAGCUUCAGCCAGAGCUCAGACCUGGUGGUCCCUGAGCACCAUCAAAGUAGGGAGAAGUCAUACAAGUGUGGGGAAUGUGGGAGGAGCUUCAGUCACAGCUCCAACCUGAAAAAACACCAGAGGAUCCACACUGGGGAGAAGCCCUACAAGUGUGGGAAAUGUGGGAAGAGCUUCAGCCGUAGCAACAACCUGGCCCGUCACGAGAUGAUCCAUGAUAAUGAAAGGCUUUGCAAGCGCUCUGAAUGUGGGAAGAGCUUCAGAGAGACAUCCAAACGGAUCCAGCCCGAGAUAAACUGUGCUGGGGAACAGCCCUAUGUGUGUGAGGAAUGUGGGAAGAACUUCAGCCGGAGAUCCAACCUGGUCCGCCACAAGAGGAUCCACACUGGGGAGAGGCCCCACAAAUGUCCCAAAUGUGGGAAGAGCUUCAGCCAGAGCACCCACUUGGAUGUCCACCAGUGCACUGAUGCCAGGGAACAGCCCAACAAGUGUGAGAAAUGUGGGAAGAGCUUCAGGAAUAUUCACAACCACCUGUGUGUGGAAACCAGGGUAUGUGACAGCUACAAGUGCUGGGAAUGCGGGAAGAGCUUCAGCCAGAGGUCCCACCUGACAGUCCACAUGCGCACUCACACUAGGCAACAGCCCUACAGGUGUGAGGAAUGUGGGAAGAGCUUCAGCGAUCGCUCCAACCUGAACCACCACCGGAGGAUCCACACUGGGGUACGGCCCUACCUAUGUGAGGAAUGUGGGAAGAGGUUCUCCAGGGGGUCUCACUUGUCCGAGCACCGACAGAGGCACGGCCACGGUGGGCAAAGGCAGAGGCGGAAUCCAAAGGCUGAUGUCACCUUGGUAGCUGAAAGCUGAGACCUUUCUUCCAACCUUUAAAAUAUUAAUUAGGAAAACACUGGGUGAUUCAUCAGCUUCUAAGAAGGAUCUAUUGGAAUUUUGCAAAGUGUGGAGAAUAACAGAUAGUUUAGGAUGGUUUACUGAAUUAAAUUUAAAAAAUACCUUCUGUAUCCCUAUGAAUAAGAAAGGCCAAGGACUGAGCAAAGCAAAGAAGGUAAAAAUAUGGACUAAUUCUGAAUAUGCAUUUAAUGUUGUCAGUGAGGUCAUCUGGAAAAAAAGAGGAGUGGCAACUGUUCAAGGUCAUGGAAUUGAACACACAACACACUGAACAGAUCCAUGCACUGCUACAGAGUAUUUAAAAGUCUAGAGAAGCAGCCUUUAUGCAUUGCAAGAUUCAUCAAAAUGGGGAAGCAACUCAUGAAUUAGAGAAUCUUUUUGUUGAUAAAAUAGUAAAAGAAGCAAGAAAAGGCAUCUUAACAGUGGUGCCACAGAAGGAAAUCAAUUCCUCAAGGUUUGCCCCAAGAUGUGAUCAAAAGAACCAUCAGUUUUCUGGCACAAAGGUUGAAAUCAAGGAAAGUGAAUGGACUGUUACACCAGAGGGACAGACUGUAGUCCCACCUCAGCAAGAACAUAAAAAACACUUUGCAAGGGAACAAGAAACCUUUUGAAACAUCUGAAGAAAGCAGUAACAGAAAGGGAAAAAACUGAUAUUGUACAAUCUGUAACAAAUGUGAAAUCUUCUCUAGAACCCACCCAAACAUGAGCAAAAGAGUCGUGUUAGAAAUAACAGAGGCAGGGGAUUCUGCUGGACAUUGUUGGCAAGUAAAUUCUACUGAGUUACCACCCAAAAAGGAUACAGGUAUGUAUUAGUGUUAGGCGAUACCUUUAGUGGAUGGUCUGAGGCUUACCCCUGUCGCACCAACACAACAAAAGGAGGUGAUGGAUAUUUUACUAAAUCAUAUAAUUCCAGUGUUUGGGGUUCCUUUGGAGUUGGUCCCCCUGUGAUUGGAGAUGUUAGUCAAAUGUUGGGAAUUGUAUGGGAUCUAUAAAUUCUCUACACACCACAGAUAAAUGGUAAGACUGCAUGUGUGACUGGAAUGCUCAAAACAGAGAUUAAUAGAAUUUGUUGGAAACAUCCAUGACAUGAGUUCAAGUCUUACCCAUAGCCUUACUGAGAAUCCACAUACAACCAAAGUGUUGCAGUAAGGUAGAAAAAUUAUUUUAAAAGGCCUCAUAAAAUCAGGCCUGCUCUGUUAGAUCAGUGGCUGACUUUGUCAAACUAGAACUUUGCUAGCUAGUACAAGUUCCCAUGCGAAAGCAAUCCUGCUGUGAACAGUUCAUUAACAUAACAAUUUAUUCCUGGGUGAAAAACAACUAGCGCUUGCAUAAACAUUAAAUCUAUCCCAUGCGGACCAAUAAAGAAAAUAUGUAAACAAUUUAAGAGUAGAGAGAUUUGAUGGACAAGUAAAAUAUCUCUUACUAACCAAUAAAGUAAUUGGCAAGAAAGCUACUAACCAAUUGGAGUCACACACGAGGUCUGUAAAACUGUAUAACAACUAGUUACUUGAAUAAAGAAUAAGCUUUUCACCAUGAA